AUGUUUCCCAACAACAAAGUUUGUGAUGUCUCAAUAGACAUACCGCCACAGGGAAACUCCGAAUGCUUUGAUGAUGAUGGACGACCCAGAAGAAGUGGAACGCUUUGGACUGCAAGUGCUCACAUAACAACGGCAGUAAUUGGCUCUGGGGUUCUGUCCUUGGCUUGGGCAAUAGCUCAGCUUGGAUGGAUUGCUGGCCCAGUAGUCAUUCUCUUGUUCUCUUGGGUGACUUACUACACUUCAACUCUGCUCUCCGAUUGCUAUCGCAACAAUGAUCCUGACACCGGAAAAAGGAACUACACAUACAUGGAUGCUGUUAAAUCCAACCUAGGUGGUGCUAAGGUCAAGAUUUGUGGAGUUGUUCAGUACUUGAACCUAGUCGGAAGUGCCAUUGGAUACACUAUAGCAGCAUCUAUAAGCAUGAUGGCAAUAAAGAGAUCAAACUGCUUCCACAAGAGUGGCGGGAAAGAUCCAUGCCAUAUCAACAGCAACCCGUACAUGAUUGCUUUCGGCAUCAUGCAAAUCGUAUUGUCGCAGAUUCCAAACUUCGACCAGUUGUGGUGGCUCUCCAUUGUUGCGGCGGUUAUGUCAUUCACUUACUCCACAAUUGGACUAGGACUUGGGAUUGCCAAAGUUGCAGAAACCAGAACCAUCAUGGGAAGUAUGACUGGAAUAAGCAUUGGAAGUGUGACUGAAACCCAAAAGAUGUGGAGGAGAUUCCAAGCACUUGGUAACAUAGCUUUUGCCUACUCUUUCUCUCUUAUUUUGUUGGAAAUUCAGGACACAAUUAGAUCACCACCAUCUGAAGCCAAGACAAUGAAGAAGGCCACAAUAAUUAGCGUUGCAGUUUCAACCGUUUUCUACAUGCUAUGUGGCUGCAUGGGCUACGCUGCUUUUGGAGACUUAGCCCCUGGGAACUUGCUCACUGGUUUUGGCUUCUACAACCCUUAUUGGCUCCUAGACAUUGCCAACGUUGCCAUAGUAGUCCACCUUGUUGGCGGAUACCAAGUCUUUUGCCAACCCUUUUUCGCCUUUGUUGAGAAAGCAGCAGCCGAAAAGUACCCGGACAGUAAUUUCAUUACAAGAGAAAUCAGGGUACGUGUCCCCUGUUUCUGCCACUGCAACAUUAACCUCUUCAGAUCAGUGUGGAGGACUGCCUUUGUGAUUGUGGCCACUCUAAUAUCUAUGCUCCUCCCGUUCUUUAACGAUGUCGUUGGAAUUCUCGGUGCUUUGGGAUUCUGGCCUCUCACAAUUUACUUCCCAAUAGAGAUGUACAUUGAGCAGAAGAGGAUACGAAAGUGGAGCAAAAGGUGGAUUUGCCUCCAGAUCCUAAGUGUUGUUUGUCUCAUAAUAACCAUAUCAUCUGCUGCUGGCUCCAUUGCUGGUGUGAUUCUUGACCUCAAAUCCUUCAAGCCAUUCAAGACCAGUUACUAG